AUGAGCAGCGACGAUGAGCAGAUCUACCAGUCAAAGGAUAGUCUCUAUCAGGACUCCUCCAAUCAGGACCUGAUUUCCUUUCAGUCUGAUUUUGAGCAAACCGUAUGUCCUCCUGCGGGCUCUAUGGUCGCCGCCUUUCCCAACUCGUCCUCUCAGCGACCAACUUCCCUGGGUUUCGUUGAACACCAGAAGUAUGAAAAUCCCGCAGUUGGUUCCAGUCUAGACUGUGAUGUCAUCGAACUGCCAAUUCCUUCUUUACCCUCCAGCCCUAGAAUCCGCAUCGGAAGCCGUGUCGCUGGUAAAAUUGAGCUCUGA